AUGUCGAACACAAGAUUAAUACACUGUAAUACAGAAGUAUUUGACAGAUUGCAACCUAUAGGUGUCUGUUUGAGCUAUGGUCAUGGUUUGACCAUAUUGGACAAAUUUUCUGGAAAUUUCAACUCUGCUGUCAUUGAUGCUCUGAAAGAUGAGAAAAGGAUUCGCUUGGUAGGAGACAACAUCAAUUGGAAGACAAAUGUACACGACGAGAGGCAAGACAACCAUGGUAAAAUGCAUCAUGCUUUUGGAUCUGCUGUGAUUGUUCAGACCCUAUCUUUUGACAAUAUAAGCAGAAUUAAACCUCAAAAACUUUUCUAUGAAGUAGACCACCAGCUUUUCCUUCCUUCGUCGGAAGAUUGGAAGCAUAUCAAGGAGGAAUAUGCCAUACAUAUGCUUCAUGUUGCCUUCAAACAUAUUCCCUACUUUAAAAUUUUUGAAAAAUUAAUAACAAAACAGAUUGUUGGUAAAUUUAGUGAGCAAUUGAAGAAGAAAAACAAGGUUGUUCCUUUACCCGUGCUGCAUUUAAAUGAACAGAAAUAUGAUGAUGUUGUUCAGAUUAUGGACUAUUACGAAAAUUUUCUAAGUGACACUUAUGAAAAAGCUGGAUUGGACUUUAACAACAAUACACACGUUCAUUGCGGGGGUGACCAGUUGACGCGUGAGCGGUAUUCUGGAGCAAAAAGAUUAAGAUCAGGAGCUGCUACACCAUCCAAUAGAUUUGAACAUUUAUCCCCAAUAACUUUCGAAUUAUUUCACAUGCAAAUGAACUAUUUUAAAUUGAUAUUCAAACGUUUGUAUAGCGAAGAAGGACUUCAGGAACAAGGCACCCUAAAAUGUGAGGCAAAUAGGGUUCUAAGAACAAGUUUGAAUCCAAAUGUAAAUGACCAUUUUGAUGCAGAUAAGGACUUUAUCGUGUCAUUCACAGAUUCCUAUAUUGUUGAGGCCAUUACCCAUUUUUUUUAUAUGGAAAGUCUUUUUUCUGCACCAAGAAAAAAUGUAUUGCCUGACAAUGUCUGUACAGAGGAUCAAAAGAAGGAAUGGGUGAUGGAUAUGUUCCAAAAAAUUGUUGAAAAGUAUGUGUGGGAUAAGGAGAAUAAACAUAACCAAGAGGAUAAUGUUGAAGUUGAUGGUGUUGUCAUUCCAAUUCAACUGAGUAAUGGAAAGAGACGGUCCUAUGUUAUUAAAAAGGCACAGAAAUCACAAACACAACAAGAAGACAAAGUAAAAAGUUAUGGACAUUUAUGUCUUGAACUUGGGUUACAGUUCAAGGCAAUACUGGAUCUUUGCAAACUGCCAGAUAGGGAUCGUGGUCUACGACUUUUGAAAGUUUGCACGAUACAUUUCAAGGCAAACAACAACUUGUCAAAGUAUGCUUAUGAAAUUUUAAGACUAUUGGUCCAUCAGUUGUGCAUAUUGUCAGAGCAGGAGGCACAUGAAGAGUUUUAUGGACUCUUCGUUAACACUAAAGGGAAAAUAGACAGCCAUAUACCAUGUGAUUUACAAAUGGAAUACAUUGUGAAGUCCGUAAAACGUAAUAUCAAACACAUGUUUUCAAACAAGACUGAUAAAAACAUAACAACAAGAACAAGUGCUCUUCCAGCAAUAAAGGAUAUAGCUGAAAAUUUUGACAAAACUUCAGGAGUAAUCAUCCGUUGUAAAAAACAUUCCAGUAUUGAUGCCAUCAAGGAUGAAUUGGACAUAAUAUUCGACCUGCAAAAUGUUAAUCCUUUCACUUUUACAGCAGGCAGAUCUCAUGACUCAUUUAAAACAAUUUCUAGUAGAAUGGACAAGCUCUUGGAUGUGCAUCAUUUUCAUUCUUGGAUAGAAACCAAUGUAUACAAACAUGCUACUGAACUCGGAAAUUAAUUCUCCUCUCAUCAUGCUAACUUUAAUUUUUUUUUUAUAUGUUAUCAAUAUGCAUGUAGUUUACAAGAUAUAGAUAAA